AUGUGCGGAAUUGAAGCUGGGACUACUAGUCAUGCGUUGUGGUGGUGUGUUUUUGCUCAAGCCGUUUGGAGCAAUUGUAGGGGUCCUAUCAAUAAAAGCUUGGUGGUGAAGGAGGACUUUUUUAGUAUAUUUUGUUAUCUCUGUGAAAGGUUGGAUAUGGGGGAGUUGGAACUAUUUGCGAUCCUAUCCCAUAAGAUAUGGCUGAGGAGAAAUAAGGUGGUGUUCGGGGGUCCAGUUCAAUCUCCCUCUUGUUUGUUGAAAUGUGCCAAAGAUUUGUUGGGUGAUUAUCGAAGAUCUCUUGUGGAAGCUGCAGUACCGGUGAAUCGGAGCUCUCUUGUUUUAUCUCGGUGUAGUAAACCAGUUGCAGGCACCAUCGAGAUUAAUUGGGAUGCAGCGUUGGACGUCAAGAAGAAAAUCAUGGGGGUGGGUAUUAUAGCUAGGAAUUCUAUGGGCCUAGUGAAGGCGGCGAUGUGCACGGUGUCACCUUAUAUCCAGAAUCCUUCUGUGGCCGAAGCAAUUGGUGCUAGGAGGGCUAUUGAAUUUGCUAGAGAAAUGGGUUUCUCCUCGAUUGAGCUUGAGGGUGAUUCUAGGGAAGUUGUUCUGGUUUUGGGGAGCUCAGAGGAAUUCUGCGGCUUUUACGAGAAUAUAGCAAUGGAGACUCGGUUGUUGUUAGGUUUAUUUCCAUGCUGGAGGAUUACUUAUGUGGGACGCGAUGGGAAUAAGGCUGUUCAUUGUUUGGCUAAGCUAGCUGUCUCCCAGUAUAGUCAACAUGUGUGGGUUGAUGUUUGUCCCUUAGUUGUAUUGGAUAUUGUAUGUGCUGAACAGCUUUAA